AUGAGAGAAAAAACCGCAACCGCCGUGCAAACCAAGAAUCAAGGUGUCGAAGCGCUCAAGGACAUCACAUACGGCUCUGUAGGCGGUAUAAUUAGCAAGCUCUUUGAGUACCCCUUCGACACCGUCAAAGUGCGACUCCAAUCCCAACCAGACCACCUCCCCCUCCGCUAUGCCGGGCCUCUCGACUGUUUCCGCCAGAGCAUCCAACAAGACGGUUUCCGCAGCCUCUACCGCGGCGUGAGUGCGCCCCUCGUUGGUGCUGCCGCAGAGAAUGCCUGUCUCUUCUGGGCAUAUCGUCUCGCCAAAGACGUCCUCCAAUCGACAGUCCUCCCAACGGACGCCGGCGAGGCAUUACCCUUACCCGCCUUGGUGACAGCAGGAGCCAUAUCCGGCGCCCUGACCUCCAUGGUCCUCACGCCCAUCGAACUCGUCAAAUGCCGCAUGCAAGUCCCCCUCCAAUCCAGCCUCGACCCAAACCUAGGACCCCGAAGCGGCCUCGCCGCCAGAUCUCUCAGCCCCUUCGCUGUAAUCGCAGAAGUCUACCGACGAGAAGGAAUCCCAGGUUUCUGGCGCGGGCAAAUGGGCACCCUCCUGCGCGAGACCGGAGGCGGAGCAGCAUGGUUCGGCAGCUACGAGACACUAUCCUUAUACUUCAAAAAGCGCCUCAAAGAUCCCGAGAACGACAGCCUCCCGAUCUGGCAGCAGAUGAUCUCGGGCGCCGUGGCGGGCAUGAGCUACAACUUCAUCUUCUUCCCAGCCGACACGAUUAAGAGCAAGAUCCAGACGGGGGAGCUGUCGAACGUCACGCCGACGUUUUUGAAUGUGGGCAAAGAGUUGUACAAAGCACAUGGCUUGAAGGGGUUAUAUCGAGGGUGUGGCAUCACCGUCGCUAGGAGUGCGCCGAGCAGUGCGCUCAUUUUCACUAUUUACGAGGGACUACGAAGUCACUUCGGCUGA